UAAUUGCGUAACUUGUUCGCUGGAGUUUGGAUUAUGUGGUGUGAUUGUUGUAACGUUGAGCUGCCUGCGAUGACAGUGGCAAUUCAAAACCAGUGUGGCCCCGGCAUCCCGGAGCAGUGAAACCAGCGUGGGGUGCGUACUCACGGGGAGAGAGACCGCUGGCUGCCUGGGCCCUCGUUCCGCUGUCUCUCAGGAGACCCAGAGCCACAAGGGGCUUUUCUCAUUGGCUCUGCAUCCCCAGCGACAGCCCCGCAGAGGCCUAGAGUGAGGGGGCCGAGCUGAGCCGACCACAAAGAGGUGACUCCCCACCUGGGGCAGAGACUCGCAUAACGGCCUGCUGAAGACUAAGUGACACUUCUGACUCAGACUCAUCACUAAGGUUUGGUGGUGUUUGAUCUCAUAUAUAUGUCUUUUGAACCAGUUUGUCAUGAGUCUUGUCUGAUAAUUAGUUGUGUCAUAACCGGGUGGAGAAAUAUUUGUAGCAAAUGCUGAUGAUUCAAAGUUAAUCUUGUCCCUGGUCUCCAGCUGGGCAGUGUCCCUUUUUUCGUGCAAAUACACUUAUGUAACAUGCCUGUGAGGUCAUAUCCCUCCACAAUCAAGGAAGCGUUUUCACUUUAGGGGCUCCGUCGUCGAAAGGUUCCAUUAAAAAAGGAGAGAAAGUUGUAUUAAGUGAACAUGAAAAGAAUGGCAAACUUGUGACGGCUAGUUGGGGGGUUUUCCACUCUUGUGGUUAACUCCAUCCUGCCCCCUGAUGGCCAGAGUGUGCAGGCACACCGAAGAAAGAGGAUGGGCUAUGACCUCGAGCGCUUCGUGGGCUACGUGAACGAGGGCCUGCUGUGCUGCGUGUGCCGGGAUGUGCUGGAGGACCCGCUGCAGGCUCCUUGUGAACACGCGUUCUGCAGCUCCUGCAUAAACAGUUGGCUGGUUCACCACCACAGCUGCCCUGAGGACCGCCAGCCACUGGAGGGCGCCCUGCUCAAACCGCUCUUUAGGUACAUGCGGAACGACCUGAGCCGGCUGCAGAUCCGCUGCCGGAACCGGGAGCAGGGCUGUGAGAUGGUGUGCUCGUUGGAGUCCGUGGACCGGCACGAGCGAGAGUGCGAGUACAGCCUGGUGGCCUGCACAAACACAGGCUGCCCCCUACAGGUGGAACGCCGCUCUUUGCAGGCCCAUCUGAGCAGCUGCGAGUUCCGCAGCAGGGAGUGUCGUCAUGGCUGUGGUUACACCAUCCUGAGCUGCGAGGACGCCCAGCACAGCUGCGUGGCGGAGCUGCGCACCGAGCUGGAGCUGCUGAGGUCUGAGAUGAUCUGCAAGAUGGAGGAGGUGAGGCAUGAGAUGGAGUCCCGACUGGAUUCCCAGAGGAGGCACAUGGUGCAGAAGGAGAGCCUGCUGAAGAGCGAGGUGGAGGAGCUGAAGGGCCAGCUGUCGCGGGUGAUGUCAGACGUGCGUGCCCUGCUGGGGGCGGAGAGGCUCCACCGGCAGGAGCUGGAGCAGGCCGAGCUGGAGAAGCGGGAGCUGUUGGAACUGCUGAAAAGCCUACAGAGGGAGGGCCGGGCUCCUGGCACCGCGCCGGCCCAGGCUCCGCCCCCCGCCACGGAGGGCCUGCGCAAGCCUGCUGGCGGACCCCGUGGGCUCACGCUUGACUGCAUGAAGAGGAAGUCCCGCGAGGUGACGGUCAUCUGAGGCGCUAGCAAGCCACACGGUCACGUUGCGACUCGCACCUGCCAGACUCGCAGCUGUUCCCAAAUGACCCACAUUAUCUGCCACUCCGGCCUUUUCAACAAGAGUAAACACACAGUCAAGGGUUUAAUAAGGUUUACUCUCUUCCGUACUGUUUAUACCUUUUUCUGCAAGUACCUUUUUAUUGAACAGGGUGGUAUGUGGAUUGUUUUCACCAUCACUAGCAUUCAGCCUUCUAACUAAAAGAGGUGUGUAUAUUAUUGGAGGUCAGUAUGAAUGUGAAAGUUGGGAUAUUCAGUGAGGUUUUAUCUGGCUGUUUACCUCUAUAAUUUCAGGGUACGAAUCGGCCUUAGCUAGUGUCAUCUCCUUUCGAUGCCUGUCUUGUUCUUUGCCUCUUCAGUUUAAAAUCAAUGACUGAUCAGACUUUACUAACAAAUAUGGCUUUUUUUUCUUCCUGUUUGUACCGCGGAAUACAAGUUGAAGGCUAAUGAACAAGCGCCGUUUGGUUUCGACGUGAAGGAGUGCUUUGGAUUCCGUCACACAAACGAAGACCCGUGUUAUGGUCAUGGAGACGGAGCCCUGUCGUCAACUGGGAACUUUCUGAAAACACUGCAGUUCAGGUUCCUGUUGCUUAGGUCAUCAAGGAAAUUUUGUAGGAUCAUAAGGGACUGAUAUGACAGUUCUGGAGGGGGGGGGGGGCGCAGUUAUUAUAAGAUUUAGUAUGUUUGUAUUUCUGUAUUUACAUUUUGUUUGUUUUAAAAAUAAACAAGGUAUUGAAAACCGUU